UUUUAAAGAAAACAUGAUGUUCGAGACUCAAAGUCAGUAGUACUAAUAAACCACUGAUUAAAAUACAGAGACCAUUUUUUUUUUUUAUUAUUAUCUCUCUCUUAUUUUUCUUCCCUACCUCCUCUGGUUAUUCGUCUUCCCUUCAUGGUGUCUCAUUGAUCGAUGAAUUGAAAAUGCAGAAGCCCUAGAUUUUUGAAAGCAAACAAACAAACAAACGGGUUGUUAAAAAAUCGUGUUUGGGGGCUUCCAGUUUUCUUUAAGAAUUAUGGAAAAAACUUAAGAGCUGAUUUAUUAUACUUGUUCUUAUUUCUUUUUUCUCUGCAAUGUCUUAAGAGUGGUGUAUACUUUGACAUUGUUGAUUUUGAUUCUUUAUAACUGUGACUAGUGCUUAUUUUUGCUGUGAUUUUCUGAAUCAAUGGCUAGGCGCCAUGGAUGGCAACUUCCUGCUCACUCAUUUCAGGUUGUUGCUAUAACAGUUUUUUGCCUACUAUCCGUUGCUUUCUAUGUAUUUUUUGCUCCUUUUCUUGGAAAGGGCAUCUAUGAAUACUUGGCCACGGGCAUUUAUUCCUUCCUGGCGCUCUCAGUAUUGAUACUUUAUGUUCGGUGCACGGCUAUUGAUCCUGCUGAUCCUGGGAUUCUUAUUGAAGCUGAAAAGACAUCACCUCAUACGUCACAUGUUGGGACAGAUUUUCCUGGGAAUUUAUCUAUGAAUGAGGAGCCUACUACAAAAGUAGGAUUGAAGAAUGGAGGCAAACCUUACAGUCAUGAUACAGGUUGGUGCUCGAAAAUCGCAGGUUGCCUGUGCUGUUUUAUUGUGAAGGAGGAUUGUCGAAAGAAUGAAGAAACUCCACAGGAACCAAAUGGCGAAGAGGAAGCUUUGUUCUGCACGUUGUGUAAUGCUGAGGUGCGCAAGUUCAGUAAACAUUGCAGAAGCUGUGACAAAUGUGUUGACGGAUUCGAUCAUCAUUGCCGGUGGCUGAAUAACUGUGUGGGCAGAAAAAACUAUAUCACAUUUAUAUGCUUAAUGGCUGCAAGCCUUCUCUGGCUUGUAUUUGAAUGCGCUGUGGGCAUUCUUGUCCUUGUUCGGUGUUUUGUGGAAAGAAAAGCUACUGAGAAUGAUAUUACUAACAGGCUUGGAGAUGGGUUUUCUCGCCCGCCUUUUGCUACUGUGGUGGCUGUGUGCACUGCUGUUUCUCUUCUAGCAACUGUGCCUUUGGGAGAAUUGUUCUUUUUCCAUAUCAUUCUUAUCCGCAAGGGUAUAACAACAUACGAAUAUGUUGUUGCUAUGAGAACACAAAGUGAGGCGCCUGGACCUUCGGUAGACGCUGGAGACCAACAAAGUUUGCCCUCUUCACCCACAAGUUCGGCUGUCACUGCCAUUAGUGGGAGAAGCUCUCUUGGAAAGGGCUUACAAUAUAAAGAGCCCGGACGGGCCCCAUCCACAGUCGACCCAGACGCCCCACAGCCCGACAAGGGCAAACGAGCAGCCCAACGCCCGAUCCGAAUCAGCGCAUGGAAGCUUGCCAAGCUGGACUCCACCGAGGCCCACAAGGCCGGCGCCAAGGCCCGGGCCUCGUCCUCCAUCCUCCGGCCCGUGGGCUCCAGGCCCAACAACCCCCACGACCCGGACUACUUAUCCAGCACCACCAUGAGCAUCAGGAGCAGCAGUCCCGUCAGCGGCCGGCACGCAUAUUACGAAACUACCCCGAAGGCCGGCACGGGAAAGAGCUCGUAUCCGCCGAGCCGGGCCAGCGCCGACAUGUGGGCCCGCAGCCUCAGCAACCUGAGCAGCCCGCUCGCGGUGAAUCUCAGCCCGUCUAAUGCGGACUCGAUGUACGUGUCGCCGACCAUGAAUUCGCCCGGGACCAGCGGCCCAAAGGAGGUGCCGGGCCUGGAAAGCGGCCCGAAUAAGAGUAAUACGGGCCCGGGGGAGAAUGGGAAAUCGUCGGUGUAUUGGGAUGCGGAGGCCGGGAGGUUUGUGUCGGCGGCCGCGAGGAGCGUGGGCUCGUCGUCGUCUUUGGGGACGGAGCUGACGUAUACGGGGCAGUCGAUUUUCUUUGGGGGCCCGCUUGUGAGGGGGGAGCAGAGGGGGGCCUCGUCGAGUUAUUAUCAGCAGGGGAGAUCGCAGCGUGGAGGUCAGCUUCCUGUUUAUGUUCCCAGCGAGUCUCACCAACAAAACCAGAUAUUGCGUUUUUCUUUUGAGAAUAGAUUAGCUUUCAUUUGUACGGAGUACUUUUGA